CUUCUUGUCUGAGGUCAGUGUGACACAGUUGCCAACUCCGGGCUGUUUAAGAUUUUUUUCGCUUUUGCUUCUCGGGCAUUGAAACAACUGUCAGAAGCGCUGUGUCGUAACCAUGCAGUCUACGGAGGGUGAGACACACACGCUAUCUGGUGCUUCAUGACUUCGACAGGAUGAACUGUUUGCCUUUUGCUCCUUACGUCAUAUUAUUGCUUGAUUCCGUGCUCGGUUCCCUUCUUGCUCCGGUCAAUCUUUCCAUCAACUCUCUCAACUUCCACCAUGUGCUGCGUUGGGAUCCUGGGCCCGGCACGCCACCAGGAACAUUGUACAAAAUCAUCAAGAGGACCAAACUCUCGCGAGAUCUGGCAACACAGAUAAACGGGGGCAGCAGCUCCACCAGGGGACCCCAAACUUCCCUUUCCCAAGCCACGUUAACCAGCUCUGACUGGGGGAUCACUACGCGUUCCCGGGCCAGAGUGAACAAAAGGGAACGACCACAGUGUACUAACAGAACAUCAGUGAGGAUAAGGCUUCCACGCAACGUUAAGUAUGCCCUGACUGUCCAGGCGUCCUGCAACCAAAGCGUGUCUCCAGAGUCCAGCAAACUCUACUUUUACCCUUAUAGAGAAACCACAAUAGGUCCUCCAGAAGUCUCCCUGACUGGAGGUGGAUCGUACAUCCUGAUCAACAUUUCACUCCCUGUGGCCCAAAAAAUCAUGACUCGAGGAGAUUUGUAUCCUAGAUUUGAAAUCUUGUGGAAGAAAUCCAAUACAACUGUGGCAUUCAUCCAAACAGAAGACCGCCUUUUUAAUCUGACCAACCUACAGAUUGGUACGGAGUACUGUGUACAGGUGCACACAAAGAUUACUGGGAACGAUCACACCACAGAAUCCGCUUGGAAUUGUGCCUUCACUAGCAGUGUGGAACCAAGAGAACCUGUUGAAGGUGCUGUUGCUGCUUCUCUGAUUUUGGCUAUUGGUGUCCUGAUGAGCUCCCUGUUUUGUCUCCACUACACUGGAUACCUUUGUAAACUCAAUGCUCUGCCCAGAGUACUACAUGAUGCUGUGCACCUGGGCCACACCCUGACACCAGAGAAAACCACCCCUGACAAUAUCUCCAUCAGCGCAGGGGUGGAGAAACAGAGAAACUUCAACAAUCCCAGAACUCCACAACCUGCCACCAGGGACGGUAACUCGGAUGAGGAGGAUGAAGUGGAGGAAGAGGAAGAGGAACACGUCUACAUGGACAGAGAUGUAGAGCUUUCCUCAGGUGAAAGUCCCUGCAAAAGCUCUGUUGAUGUGUCAGGGAACAGCAAGGUGGCUGCAUCAGGGGGCUCUGGGAGUUUGACAGGAGAGACAGAGGUGCAGGACACCAAGUUGGAAGUUGAGGUCACACAUGGGUGCCUUGAUCAGAACGAGGACAAAGCUGAAGGAGCGAAGGUUUCUCUCAUGCCUGAGGUUUCUCUCCUGCCUGAGGUACAUGUCACAGUUGAAGAAGAUGAGGUUAAGGAGAGGGUUUCUGAGAGCUCAGGCAAUAUAAAUCUGUUCUCAGUCACCCUCGCUGCACUGGCUGUAUGUGAAGAAGGGUUGGAGGAGGAGGAGGAGGAGAAUACAGGAGAUUCUCUCGCGGACUUUUUUUCCGAUGUGGAGCCUCUACUGCCCGCAGACUCAAAAUGGACUUUGACCCACAGAGACUCACAAACUGAGUCAGAUGAUCAGACAACUGUGGCAUUAAUGCUGCAUGCACAAGACUUUACUGCGACUGGGUCUGAAGGCAGACAUGCACACAGUCUUUCCUGUGAUGGUGAGCAUGAAGAGACACAGGAGGAGGAAGAGGAGGAGGAGGAGGAGGAUGAGGAAGAAGAAUUCUCCGGAUAUAUGAGACACACGUGAUAAGUUGCUAUGAAGUGUAUUACUGGAUGUGUAUAAAUAGCAUUAAUGAAUUUCUUCCAUUACAUUCUUUUUAAAAGAAAGUAACAACUGAAAUAUUGGAAUGAAGUUUUGGUGUUCUUAUUUCUUAAUAUUAAGAUAAAGCAAGGACACAAGACAUGAAUACAUUUCUCCUGAAGCUACAAUGUCAUGGUAGCCACCUGCAUUUCACAGUUUUUAAAGGGGUCAUGAAAUUCUUGGAAUUACCAGUUUCUUACUUGUGAAUAGCGUUCUUGUAGACAUCCAAGUCCUAACUGAACGUUUUCUAAGAGCGCCGUUAUGUAUGGCUUAGUAAUACGGAACCGCCUAUAAAAGCCCAACAAAUAAAGAUACCUCAUCGUAGCCAAUGCCAAAUUUGAUAAAAAGAAUGGUAUAUGAUUAUAUUUCACAGCAGACAUUUUGGUCUCUCGUAGUAGGAAA